AUGCCAGAGGAUCCUGAGAUCAGUGUUAUCAUUCACCAGAUCUUGGCUAAGAUUGUCCAGCUGGCCAAGAAAGAGGGAAAAGCACCAAUGGCUUAUUUAUGGCUUUUUUCACGGUGCUUCACCUUGGGUACCAAGGCUAAGCCUUACUCCAGUAUAUCUGUCGACAACUCUCGAUAUACAGAGUCAUUUGAUUCUGAUGAUGACUCCUACGUUCCCAAUGCAUUUGACGUGACUCGAGCGUCAGGUAAACCGUGGGCUUAUUUGGUAAAGAAGAACUUGAAACCUGGCCCAGUCUGUGUUGCCCGCCGUGGCAAAUGUUUGGCUAUCGGAGCGGGACAUCAUUUGACAACCUUUCAUCUUGGCUUAGAGGCUAAGGUUACCAUUGUGUCUCAAGAGGACUACGAAAAGCUCAUUGCGAACGACUGUCCCAGAUCGAACAAAAAUAAGGCCAAGGCUGCAAAAAUGCGUUCCUUUGAAUUACACUCUGACUUUAUCGAACCUGGGUCAUCUGCAAACACUAAUCGGACCAUCAACAUCUUCGCAGCUAUAGUCUCUGAGUCAUUUGCGAUUGUAUUCUCAGACUUUGCACGACUUAUGCGCAUGCAUGUCACCAGUAUCAACCGGCCCUGGACUCAACAAGAUCUCGAUGUUGGAUCACCAGAGUGGCCUAUUAUCUGGAGUGCAUUUCCUGAUGGGGCGGACUGGUUCCUUGAGAAGGAUGUUGCUCUCAAUGCCCUGGAGAAGUGGAGACAUGAUAUGAGCACAGGAGCACCAGGCCAUUCAAAGCCCAUUGUCGAUGUUAUUGCUAAAAAUGGCAAUCGCGUAUUCGGCGGAUUUGGAAGACAUCUUGCUAAUGACUUCCUUUACUAUGCUGCAAUUUUCCCUGGUGCUCCUUGCUCCUGGGUUUGCUCUGAUGAUGCACGCUUCUCCCACUUCACCUCUCGUAUUGUGAGCUAUACUCAGAUUUGGCGGUCUGCUGACUUUCUGAAACGAUGCGGCAUGUCAACCAACUCUUCCAAUCCUUUCGCAUUCAAUACAACAUCUGAUCGUAAUUAUACCGCUGGAUUUAUCUGGGUAUUCAGGAAGGCAUUUGUCAAGAUUCCACAGGACUUGUAUAACCAGUACCUACGAGAAGGACUAUUCGAUCCAACUCAUAAAAUAGGGGAUCCAUAUCAGUACACUGGACCGCUCUCUGACAAGCAGUUCAAGCGUAUUGAGGUGAACUACCAUGCUUACCUUGAUGCCUUCACUGUCAUAACAGCAAGAGUUCCAGAUGGGUGGAAGGAUGGACCAGUUCAAUCAUUCUCUGACUUGAAGGAAGCAGGGUAUAGUACCACCAUUGGGCCAGCGCAGUUCCACGAAGCAAAGCAAAAUAUGGUAGAUCCAGACCAUGCCAUACAAGUUUGCUUGCAGCCAGGAAGACCAGCAAAGGUUACAGGGAAUGGCCCAGGGCGGAAGAGGAAAGCGCUGACAAGAGAAACUCUUGAAAAAAUGAAGCUACAGAAGAAGAGAAAACUGAUGAUUCACUCAGAAGAGCAAGAGAAGGAGAAUGAGCUUCCUAUUAUUGUUGCAUCACCAUCCCCUCCUCAAAGAUUGACCCGCUCUCAUAAAUGUUAA